GAGCACAGAAUUCUAUUCUGUGGUCUAGAGUCACAGAAUUCUACACUUGUGUAGAAUUCUGUGUCUAGAGUUUAUAGUCAAGUAGAGUAUUCUCCCCCUUAACGACUUAUUUACAAAUGGCGACCUCCUUGAGCCCUAUCUUCUACCUCUUGGACAUUUCCAGUGAAGUCGAUAGGGGCGUAGUGUACUCGUUUGAAAUAGAUGAAACAACAUUCUAUGAAAAAUAUAUUAGGUAGCUGGGGUCGACUGCCAAUCAUGCUGUCCAGACAUAAUUCCCAAAGUGAUCAAAACAAAGGUCUAACAGACCUUAUGUCUGCAAUCGUGAGAGAGGACACGGAGCUGAUCAAGGCUUUGAUUGAGUCUGGUGCAGAUCUUGAGGCUAGAGACAGGCAAGGUCAAAACGCCCUUUACCAUGCUUUCCCAGAUAUAUUAAUGCCAAAGACACUAGAGAUCCUUCAACUUCUUUUAUCCAGUGGUAUUAACGUUAACUCAAGUCUUGACGGAGAUGGCUGCUCAGCCUUGGUCACCGCGAUUGUACUGGACUGGCCAGAGGUCAUAGCUCUGCUUCUGGACUAUGGAGUGGACAUUAAUGAAGAUGCAAUGGCCAAGUCUACUGGUUCUCUCCGCAGCGACUCAGCAUUUGAGACAAAUUUAGAGCGCAUUGCAGCUACCUCACAAUUUAUAUUUUCAAAAGGAUGUGGUCACACAGUGACGCCGUUGCUGUGUGCAGUCAUGUACCAGAAGGAACGCAUUGUGGAUAUGCUUCUCAAGGCAAAUGCAUCGUGUCAGAGGCCUUCGUAUGGCACAUUUUGGCGUGCUGCUGGGAGCAGCGUGUGCUCCAGCUGCGAUGUCCAAGUGACUCCACUGCAUAUGGCAGCUUACUUAGGCAACCUGCGUGUCGCUCACACCCUCAUUCAAGCCAAAGACAAUUCUGUUCAAAAUCAUGAACCCCUUCAUGCUUACAGCAACUUUUUAAAUGACAUCACACCAUUGUGGUUUGCCUUGCUUCAAGGUCAUGAACACAUUGUGAAGCUAUUUCUGAGCUUUGGAAAACCAGUAGUUUUAGCUUGUCAUUUCGGUUCAGGCCUCCAAAUCUGUCUGGAGGAGGGGCACACAGGUUCAGCCUUGAUGUUGCUGCGAGCCGGGUACGAUCUGAAUGAUGAUAUGGAGUGGAUAGAAGACGAAAACUAUCCAUCUUCGGAUAAGGAAGUGAUAGAACGGAUUGAGAGCUUGGUGAAUGAUCCACGACCUUUGCUGGAUUGGUGUGCGUCUUCCCUGAGAGAUAAAUUUGGUUUGGCACUUGAUGACUACUUGUCCGAAGUUGGUGCUCCACAAAAGGUUUGCGAUAUUCUGAAUUUCAAUGACCUUUCCAAAGCUUCCUGGCAGAGAGGAUUACAAAAACUGAGGCAGCUAUCAAUAUCAGAUUCUUAGCUCCUACCAGGGAGAUCUCACUGCUAUUAAUUCAACUUGAGCGCAGGAUCAAAAGUGAUAGUAUACAGAUUGUUUCAAAAUGUUGUCAUGUUUUUGCAGUAUUUUUCAUUGUCCUGAGAGAGCUUUCCAUUGAUAUUUUUUCUUCUAAUAUUGUACAGUGAAUUCUACAAUUGCCAUUGUUGAAGUUGAAGUGUUGUUUGGCUCGAUGAGCCAAGAUGUCAUCUUGUGAGAAGAGUUUUUUGAGUUUUGAAUAAACCCCUGAUCUCACAAUAAUA